AUGUCAAUCCAGGAGGAUAUGUGUAACCAUACCACUGCUGGGAACAACACAUCCAAUGACCCAGCCGUCUAUAAAUUGACCAUGAUCUCCUAUGUCAUCGCCUUCCUGCUCGGCGUUCCCGGGAAUAGCGCUGUCAUUUGGGUGACGGGCUUUAAGAUGGAGAGAAAGAUACACACAACAUGUUUCCUGAACCUGGCUGUGGCAGACAUAAUCUGCUGCCUCACCCUCCCCUUCUGGAUCGUCGACGUCGCCCGACAAGGCACGUUGAAUUUUGACGACUUACAUCUGACAUUGCUGUUCUCUGCCAUCGUCUACAACGGAUCCAUCAGCGUCUUCAUGUUGACGGUGAUCAGCAUCGUCCGUUGCAUAGCCGUCACUCAGCCCGUUUGGUACUAUCAACACAUGAAGCUGCGUUGGGUACAUACGGCCUUCACCGUGGUCUGCGGCCUUUCCAUCCUCGCCUGUAUGAUCACCCUGCUGUACAACAAGAUUAAACAUUAUUUUGGGCAGAUGACAGGGGACAUUCUGAAGGUCACUUGGGCUGUCCUUAUCUUCGUCAUCCCCGUCGUGAUCAUGACCAUCUGCUGUGCCCUGAUCGGUCUUAAGCUACACCGGGACAAGUUCAAUAAGUCUAGGAAGCCCAUCCGCCUCAUCCUGAUCAUGUUCGCCGCCUUUAUAGCGUCCUGGCUCCCGUACUACUGUACCAGUUUCGCAUCAGUCUUUUUCAAUUAUUGCGCUCAAAGUUGGAAUUAUAUAGCCAUCGCCAUGGCCAGCUUCAACAGCGCACUCAACCCUUUUCUCUACGUCUUCACCGGCCGCGACUUUCGCCAGGUCUUCAGACGUUCCCUUGCCUCCUCGCUCCGUCUGGCCUUCCUCGAAGAAGAGUUUCUCAGCACCUGCGCAAGCACUUGUAACUACGGACUGACACAAUGCAAGUUCAAGGAGGAGCUGAAGAAUGAAGUGAAAUAUCUGUUGAUGUUAAGCGGACUGUUCUAUAAAUAA